AUGACUUUAGACAGUUCAGAUACAAUAGUAUCUAGUGCCAAACUUACUAAUAGAGAUCUCUACAACUCUAUUGGGCAACCUAAGACUAUCGUGGCACCUAUGGUUGAUCAGUCUGAACUAGCAUGGAGGAUUUUGUCAAGAAGAUAUGGUGCUGAUCUUUGCUAUACUCCAAUGUUCCACUCUAGACUUUUCGCUAAUGAUCUUAAAUAUAGAAACAAUAUGUGGUGCAAACUAGAUGGAGAUGCGAAGCUGGACAGACCGCUUGUAGUACAGUUUUGUGCAAAUGAUCCUGAACAUCUUUUAAAUGCUGCAAAAUUGGUGGAGAAUCAAUGUGAUGCAGUUGAUUUGAACUUGGGGUGCCCCCAAGGUAUCGCUAAGAAGGGGAACUACGGUGCGUUCCUCAUGGAUGAUUGGCCGUUGGUGCAUAAAUUGAUUAAGAACUUACAUGAAAACUUGAACUGUCCUGUUACUGCCAAGAUUAGAGUAUAUGAUGACUGGAAUAAAUCUUUAGAAUACGCCAAGAUGGUGCUUGACGCAGGGGCUCAAUUUAUAACUAUACAUGGACGUACUCGUGACAUGAAGGGUCAAGCUACAGGCUUAGCGAAUUGGGAGCUUUUGAGGUUCCUUAGAGAUAACCUUCCAAAAGAUCAGGUAUUCUUUGCCAAUGGAAAUAUAUUAUAUCCUGAAGAUAUUGAGAGAUGUAGCAAAGCAGUAGAAUGUGAUGCUGUGAUGUCUGCAGAGGGUAAUUUGUAUAACCCUGGGGUAUUCUGGACCGCUACGGAUGAUAUAGAGAAGCAAUUCUGCAGAGUUGAUAAGAUGCUCAGAGAAUAUUUUGAAAUUGUCAAAGAAGUGAGCUCUGAGUCACUUGCUUCAAGGCAUGCAAUGAAGUCACAUUUUUUCAAAUUGCUUCAUGCGUUCUUAAAUGUGCAUAGAGAACUUAGACCUGACAUAGGGAAGCUCAGCGUGCAUGCCCCAAUGGAUGACUGGGAAAAAAUAGUAAUCAAAGUGGAAGACAUUGUUAACGAUAUAUAUAAAAAGGACAAUAUUCUGGACAUUGACAUCAUUACAACAGGUGACAUAGAGAGCUGGGGUGGGAGAUACAAGACAGUUCCAUAUUGGAGGUGCCAACCUUACUUCAGAACAGUUAACGGUGAGAAGCAAAACUUGAGAACCUUACAUGUGGCAGCCACGGAGAAGAAGCAGGAAACCAAAGAGAAUGAGAAGAAGGCUGAGGUUAUAGAAAAGGCUGAUACCAAAAGGAAGGCUGAAGAGGAAUUGGAAAAAGGUUCUAACAAGAAAUCUCUCAAUUAG